AUGUCGGUCGGGCCCCAGGGACGGAAGCGACGCCGGAAGGGCGGUGCUGAGAGACGGGAACAGAAGUUCACGGCAACCAAAGACUGCAAACGAAGUCCGACCAUUUGCGAGGCCCCAGCUCUACCCUCAGGCGCAACGUCCUUCUCCCGGCGGCUCCGGCGGUCCCUCAGCUCCGCCCGUCCUUCGGCUCCGCCCGUUCCGCCGCGACUCCGGUCCCGCUACCUGUCUCGGCUCCUGCCUCUUCGCUUGGUUACGGCGACGCUUCUCUCUCUGAGGACUGACCGACGUGGCGGCGGCCACCACAGCCUUCUCCUUCGCCUCCUCCUCCGCGCUGCUGCGCCGGGGCUGGGCGUCGCUGAGGCGGUGGCGAUCCCUCACUCGCAGCGCCAGCAGUUCCCCUCGCAGCGGCGACAGAUACGCGGCGGUGAUCGGGGAGUUUUCCUCCGCGCUCCUUCCUUUUCUUCCUCCUCCUCCUCCUCCUGCUCCUCGGUCCCCUCACGCUGUGGCGGGCAGCGCGCGCCGCGCUCGGUGGGCGAAAAGGGCGCGAAACGCCUGAGGGGGCAGCGGGCUCGGCUCCCCUCGGGGUCGCCCCAGCAGAUUUCAAGCGCCUGUACUAAAAGCGUUGUCUUUGCUCUGUGUUUUCAGACGUGAAAAGUUGAGGCAGCUAAACAGUUACUGAAAUAAGCCUCUGACCCCCUGGAUAUUCUGUAUAGUGAGAAUUGAUUCUGCCAGGUUUGCCACAAACAGCUGUAUUUCUGGACCGGCGCCUGCUUCUGUUUUCUGCCUCUGUUGCCAAAUACUUUGAAAGUGUUGGAAUAAAAAAAACUCUCUCCUACCGUCUUGGUAGUGUUAGAAGGAAAGGCAUUACUUUAUUUCUGGCCCAAGGUGUGUGUGAAAGACUGAAAGAAUCCCAGUCCCCACACAGGCACCAGUAAUAGUAUUUUUCACCUGCUUUUACCUUUUAGAAAGCAAAGAGAUAAUUGAUCAUUGGUUCUAAAUUACAUAAUUCUCUUUUCUGAGUUCCUAUUCUACCUUCUUUUGGCUAUUAAUUUCUCCUUUUCUAUAUUAGUUCAUAGCUGUAGUCUUUUUAGUGUCUUUUGCCCUCUGGUGGGGUUUUAUGAGCACAAAUA